GGAGGAGGACACCAGCAGGUCAGGACUGUGUCCAACCUGGGGCUAACCCACCUCACCAACACAAAACCAACCACCAGGUGCCAGAGAGAGCAAAGCAGAGGACAGAGAUGCAGGUGGAGUCCAACGUUGUCGUGGCUGUCAGGGUAAAGCCUCUGACUGAAGAUGAGCAUAACAGGGGAGAUGUGACCAUCGUGUACUGUCCAGACCAGCACAGUCUACUGGUGGGUGCGUCGGGGCAGGAGAGGGCGUUUGCGUUCGAUGUGGUCCUGGGCCCUGAGAGUUCCCAGCAUGCCAUGUUUCAAGAGUGUGGCAUGACUCGUCUCAUAGACAUGGUGGUCCAGGGGUUCUGCUGUACUGUGUUUGCCUUUGGACAGACAGGCUCAGGGAAAACAUACACCAUCACUGGGCCGCACUCUCUGUUCUUGGAGGGCUCUCAUGAUUCCUUGCUAGCAGGUCUUAUGCAGCGUUCUCUGUCAUACCUUCUUGAGCUGGUUGGCCAAUCAGAGGAGGGCUUUCACCUCUGUGCCUCAUACCUGGAGAUCUACAACGAACAGGUGCAUGACCUGCUGAACCCAUGUCUGCCAUACUCGUUGGCAGUUCGCGGCAGCAGAACCCAAGGGUUCUACGUAGAGAACCUGUCAGUAGUAGAGUUCCACGACCUGGACAGCUUCAUGAGGCUACUGGAGGGAGGGAUGCAGAACAGACAGAGCUCCUCUCACUCCCAGAAUGAACAUUCCAGCCGCAGUCACGCCAUCCUAACUGUCUACGUCAAGGGCAUGUUGACUCAGGGGAAGCUGUGCGUAGUAGACCUGGCAGGCAGUGAGAGGGUGAGAGAGGGAGACUCCAUAGAGGAACUAUUGGAAGAGACAGGCAACAUCAACCGCAGCCUGCUCACUCUGGGGAAGUGUAUCUCGUCUCUGGUGGAUCCUAAGAAGAGGAAUGGCCAUAUUCCCUACCGGGACAGUAAACUCACCAAGCUGCUCUCUGAAUCGCUGGGAGGAUCUGGCAUCACUCUCAUGAUUGCAUGUGUGUCUCCCACCUUGGGCAAUCUCCAGGAGACCCUGAACACACUUCGAUACUCCAGCAGAGCCAAAAGGAUCAAGAACAGACCAAUGGCCAAGAGGGACCUGCGUGAGAAGUUGGUGGUCAGCCUCCAGAGAGAGAUCUGCCGGCUAAGCCAGGAGAACCUGUUGCUACAGCAACACCUCUCCUCAGCCCACAAGGCUGGGGCAAGGGGGUCUGGGCUGGAGACAAAUCACCCUGGGAGUAUGAGUUAUUUUCCUCAGCAUGCAAAGGAGGUGGCCGGGGCCAGGACAGGCUCCUCCUGCUCUGAGACCAGCCUCAGGAUCCUGCUGCAGGAGCUGAUGAGAGAGAACGACAAGCUACAGCGAGAUAAGCUGGCUCUGUUGGACAGCCAGGAGAGUUUUAACCAGCAUAGAGCACAACUUUUCAAUGAGACCAACCGCCUGCUGAGAAAACUAGAAGAUCUGGAGAGGGUGAUCUCUAGCUCUCCCCACACUAACAGCAGUAGUAACUCUGGUCUAUCCAUGCAUGGUGCCUGGGGUGGGGCCUACCACCACCCUGUACCCUAUCCCCGCAGAUACAACAACAUGCUUGACCCAACGAUGGGUUACCCCUGGCACCCUGUCCUGUACUGCUGUGGCUGCUCCUCUGAGAGCGGCCUCAACGGCCAACAAUGUGGCCCUUGGCAGGGGCAGGGCUAUGGAAUAACAUCAGAGGAGAAUGUUUACAAAGCUACACCUUACCAGGAAAUGACUGGGCCACAUCGACCAAUGAGAAUGCAGGUAGUGCUGCCCCCCAUCCAGGAUGGACCCCCACAGCAAGUCGGCCGAGACCCAGCAGAGAGCACCAAGACUGGGCCACAGCACAGAGGCCCUGCCCCUGGAGCACCUCUACCUCGCAGGAAGACAUGCCAGGCAGUGUGUAAGGGUUAUGCUGAGCGGUACCAGGAGCAAAGGGAGGCCAGAGCCCAGAAAUCAAAGGUUAGGGCUGAUCCCAUUAACCCCACCCACUCCACCCUGCCCAACAUCACACACCCUGAGAGGAGAGAGGGCCAGACAGAAAACACCUGCGACAAAGCAGAUCUACACUCUCUCACAUGACCUCUACAUUAGGUUCCCUCCUAUGCUGCUGUCACCAAUCAAGCCCAUUCACAUCAGUGGUCAUGAUUUAGGAGAUGAGGAAAUAGGAGGCAAGGAUGGAAGGACGAUAUUGAAGAUAAUUGGAACGUAACCAGAGCUGAACUGGUUCUGUGCUGCCAGUUUGAUACUUUGACCAGGGACCUAAAAUAAACAAGAACAAUCUCGCUGCUUGAGGUCAUUUCUUAUAGUGUGUCUGAAAUGGCACCCUAUUCCCUACAUAGUGCACUA